AUGAGAGUAUUAACUGCUAGCGCUGCUCAAGAGGUAUCAUUGUUUCAUCCCAAGGUAUUAUUACUUUCUGCUGGUGUAACUACUACUGUUUUAUUAUCAUAUCGCUUCUAUAGAAGGUAUGUAAGAAGGAUAAGGAAUUAUCUUGAUAUCACUCCUGAGAUUUUAGAUAACCAUCAGAGGUUAUAUGGGUAUGUCACUAGAGUAGGAGAUGGUGAUAAUUUCCGAUUUUAUCAUACACCAGGUGGUAUAUUGAUGGGGUGGGGUUGGUUAAGACAGAUACCUACCAAUAGAUCAUUAUUAAAAGAUGAAACUCUCAUGAUAAGAUUAUGUGGUGUCGAUGCACCAGAAAGAGCACAUUGGGGCAAACCUGCUCAACCAUUUAGUGAAGAAGCUCUUAAUUGGUUACAUGCAUAUUUAAACGGUAGAUACGUAUCUAUCACACCUUUUUCAAUAGAUCAAUAUAAAAGAGUAGUGGCAAGAGCACAAGUAUGGAAAUGGACCGGUAAAAAAGAUGUAAGUGCUGAAAUGAUAAAGGAAGGAUUAGCGAUUAUAUACGAAGGAAAAGUUGGGGCUGAAUUUGGUGAUAAUGAAUCAUUUUAUAGAAAGUUAGAAGCAAAAGCCAAAUCAUUAAAGAAAGGGGUUUGGUCAUUAGGUAAGAAGCUUACUACUCCAGGAGAGUUUAAAAAGCUCUACUAUAGAGGGGAUUAA